ACGACAGGUUCAUUUCCCUAGUACAUAGUUGAUUUGGGUCGCCUCUCUCACUCUCAGUGCGAGUGUCUAGUAGUAGCAGCAGUAGGGUUUUCCAAAACCCCAGAACCCAAAAUCCUCACUCUCUCUUGAGUCUCUUCAGGUUUCAUUUUCAUAAAGGUGGCGAGCUUUUUGAAUGCAAUGCAUGCUAUAAAGGGUGGCUGGGUUGGGCAAACAUUUGCCCUAGCUAAAAACAAUGAAUCUGAAGGAAGGAAGUCCCGAAUUCGGCGUUCAAAGGAGGAGAGGAAAGAAAUGGUUGUAGCCUUCAUUAAAAAGUAUCAGAAUCUGCACAAUGGGAGUUUUCCAUCGCUUAAUCUGACCCACAAGGAAGUUGGUGGGUCUUUCUACACUGUACGAGAAAUUGUCCGAGAUGUAAUCCAAGAAAAUAGAGUGCUGGGUCCUGCUAAGUUCAUUGCAGAGGAUCAGACCAUUGAUCAGUUCUUGGAACAUAAUCCACUUGGUUCGAUUGCUGCAGAACCUCAAGAUGCUUUGGCAGAAGCAUCAAAUGAUUCUCAGUUUGCCAACAAUCAACAACGAGAUACAGUGCAAGAAAUGGUUUUGGUUUCUGAUGGGCAUUCGUUUACUCUUGAGCAUCAGAUUUUUGGCCAUGGCCGAGCCGUGAAUGGCACUGCAGUAGAAGUGAAUGGCAAAGAAACGGAGGGUAAAGAGUUGCAAGUAAAUGUAUCAGUGGAAACAGAAAAUAAGGUAGGUGAAGAAUCUGUAGUUUCUGAUGGGAAUUGUAUUGGUCGAGAAUAUCAGAUGUUUGACAAUGGUAGUCAGGUUGAUCAGAAAUACAAACAAACUGAGGAACUGACAUGUGCGGAGCAUAAAGUAAGUGAGCCUUUGGAAGUAGAGAAGAAUGUUGAGGAAGUUUGGGGAACAUCUAGGUCUAGAGUGACCUCCAUAGAGGCAGAUGUAAUAGUUGAGACAUUCCCCUUACCACCUGUUACUAGGACUACUGAGAGCUUGGAUGGAAAGGUAGAAGUAAGAAAUUUUAUUUUGUCUGCUGAGGAUAAAGGAACCAAGGGGAUGGGGUCGGCCGCUGGUGUUGAUAGUUCGCCAUCGGAUACAAUAGAUUCCAUGAAGAGCUUGGUUGAUGAUAAAGUAGCAAUGAAAAGCUCCUUGGUUGGAAACAAAUCCACCUCAGUGAAUGCGGAAGCAUUAGAAAUUGUCAGUGAUCCGUCCCUGGAGAGCUCAAAUUGCUCAACCAUUGAAGGAAAUGUUAUAUAUCAAAAUGGAAGCACAGACCCUAAGGUCAAAGCACCCGGAAAUGACGUUCCGAUAUCUGAGAGCUUUGAACAAAUUGAAGGGACUGCUGGAGCUAAGACAAGAAAAGCUCCAGAUACAAAAAACCUUAAUGGUACCAGCAAUCUCAAUGGCCUGCCACAAACCAAAGAGGUGCUUGUGAAUGAAGAUGAAGUCGUUGUGCACUCUACUGCAGGCUUGCAAAAAGGAAACAACCCCACUUUAGACAGGAUUAAUCUCGAAUCGUGGCAAAGGGGGCCUAAAAAGUCUGAAAAACGGGAAGGCAAACCUUUCUGGGCUGUACUUAAAGAGUAUAUAGACGCCUUUGUGAAGUUUUGGUCGGAAUGAGGUUUGAGUGUACUUAUAUUGCUGAGUGAAAAAUUUAUGUACCUGCCAGGUUUAUUUGUGAUUUCAGUUUUAUUAGAUCAUCAUUAUCUCCUUUUCCAUACUUGCAUGGCUAACCUCAUAUUUUCGUGUACAACUGAGUAGCUUAAUUCCCAUAACUUGGCAAGAAAUACCACAUUUUAGUGACCCAAAUCUUAAUGACAGCAUGUUACCAUAAUAUCAGCUGAGAUGGGCUUUUCAGAAAAGCUGGCUUAUGCUUAUUUUUAAGAAUAAGUGGCUGAAAAGCAAUGAAGACCAGAUCCUUUAGAGUUAGCACCCUUUAGAGCUUAUCGUCUAGGUGCAUACAGUACAGUGAUUAGAGGCCUAGCUAAGUUAGGAGGGAAACCAGAUCCUUUCUUCUUUUAUCAGUAUUGCAGGGGAGGAUUCAAGGGUGAGAUUUAUUCAACAUGACGAUUAUAACUAAAGUUGGUGCAGAAGACAUAUUCUACUAUGUAAACCUUAUGGUACUUGUACCAUUAUAAGAUCAACAUAGCUAUACCUUCUAUCACCUACAUCUGACAUAUGAUUGAAGUUUCCAUAUGUAAGUGACUAAAGGAAGAGCUUCAAGACCAGCAAACGUUACCUAGUUACUUUUGGUUUCCUAAAAACCCACAGGUGAGUUAUGAAGAGGGUUUUUCUCAUAAGAAAUUAGAGAAGG